GCGAGAGGGGGAGGGGGAGCUCCGCACGAGACCGAGCGGCCCGGGUUGGAGCGCCCAGCCCCGCAGCGGAUCAUGGUGCAGCAGGCCGAGAGCUUGGAAGCGGAGAGCAACCUGCCCCGGGAGGCGCUGGACACGGAGGAGGGCGAAUUCAUGGCUUGCAGCCCGGUGGCCCUGGACGAGAGCGACCCGGACUGGUGCAAAACGGCGUCGGGCCACAUCAAGAGGCCGAUGAACGCCUUCAUGGUGUGGUCCAAGAUCGAGCGCAGGAAGAUCAUGGAGCAGUCUCCGGACAUGCAUAACGCCGAGAUCUCCAAGAGGCUGGGGAAGCGGUGGAAAAUGCUGAAGGACAGCGAGAAGAUCCCGUUCAUCCGGGAGGCGGAGCGGCUGCGGCUCAAGCACAUGGCCGACUACCCCGACUACAAGUACCGGCCCCGGAAAAAGCCCAAAAUGGACCCCUCGGCCAAGCCCAGCGCCAGCCAGAGCCCCGAGAAGAGCGCGGCGGGCGGCGGCGGCGGCGCGGGCGGCGCCAAGACCUCCAAGGGCUCGAGCAAGAAAUGCGGCAAGCUCAAGGCCCCUACGGCCCCCGCGGCCGGCGGCGCCAAGGCCGGCGCGGGCAAGGCGGCCCAGCCCGGGGACUACGGCGGCGCGGGCGACGACUACGUGCUCGGCAGCCUGCGCGGGAGCGGUGCGGGCGGCGGCGGCGCGGGCAAGACGGUCAAGUGCGUGUUCCUGGACGAGGAUGACGAGGACGACGAGGACGACGACGAGCUGCAGCUUCGGAUCAAGCAGGAGGCGGACGACGAGGACGAGGAGCCGCCGCACCCGCAGCUCCUGCAGCCGCCCGGGCAGCAGCCGCCGCAGCUGCUGAGACGCUACAACGUCGCCAAAGUGCCCGCCAGCCCCACGCUGAGUAGCGCGGCCGAGUCCCCCGAGGGCGCGAGCCUCUACGACGAGGUGCGGGCCGGCGCGACCGCGGGCGCCGGGGGCGGCAGCCGCCUCUACUACAGCUUCAAGAACAUCACCAAGCAGCAUCCGCCGCCGCUGGCGCAGCCCGCGCUGUCGCCCGCGUCCUCGCGCUCCGUCUCCACCUCCUCGUCCUCGUCCUCCUCGUCCAGCAGCAGCAGCGGCAGCAGCAGCAGCAGCAGCGGCGGCGAGGACGCCGACGACCUGAUGUUCGACCUGAGCUUGAAUUUCUCCCAGAGCGCGCACAGCGCCAGCGAGCAGCAGCUGGGGGGCGGCGCGGCGGCCGGGAACCUGUCCCUGUCUCUGGUGGAUAAGGAUUUGGAUUCGUUCAGCGAGGGCAGCCUGGGCUCCCACUUCGAGUUCCCCGAUUACUGCACGCCCGAGCUGAGCGAGAUGAUCGCGGGGGACUGGCUGGAGGCGAACUUCUCCGACCUGGUGUUCACGUAUUGAGAGGGGCGCCCGCUUCUCGCUCUUUCUCUCGGCGGGUGCAGAGCAGGGUUCCUUGGGAGGAGGUCGUGGUGGUCGUAAGGAGGAGGGCGGGGGGGGGAGGAGGUGUCGAUGGUGGUGGCGGUAGGGUGGAGGGAAGAGAAGAAGAUGCUGGUAUUGAUAUGAUGUCGUGACACAAAGAAAUUGGAAAAGAUGAUGAAAAUUUUGGUGGAGUUAAAGUGAAAUGAGUAGUUUUGAAACAUUUUUCCUGUCCUUUUUUUGUCCCCCCUCCCUUCCUUGAUCGUGUCUCAAGGUAGUUGCAUACCUAGUCUGGAGUUGUGAUUUUUUCCCCCUCAAAUGUGUUUUUGUAAUUACUAUUUCUUUUUUUCUGAAAUUCGCGAUUGCAACAAAGGCGGAGGGGCGGGGCGGGGGAGGGGAGGGAGGACCCGCUCCGGAAGGCGCUGUGUGAAGCUGGUCGGGCUUUGAAGUCUGGAAGACGCCUGCGGAGGACCCUUUGGCAGCGCGACUGUUAACGCUAGGGAGUUGGUUGGAGAUGUGUUUUUUUUUUUUUUUCCUUAAGAGAUCUUAAAGAACUGGUGUUUUUUUUUUUUAAACAAACACAAAAAAAGGGACCAUGGCAAAUUUUUUUAUUUUAUUUUAUUUUUUUGGAGGGAGAAAACUGAUGUCUUCUAUGCAUCCGAUUCUUAACAAAACUGCAGGGAGCUUGAAAAAAUGCAGACUGUACAAACGCUUACAAAAAAAAAAAGAAAAAAAAAACUGUGAACUGACUUAAGAUCAGAGUUUACUUUUCAGAUCAAAUUGUUUAUGGUUUUACAAAUGUGAUUUCUACUUGCCAACUUUUUUUUUGUAACUUGUUCCCUAUACCUCCUUGAUUGAAUACCAGACAGCCUAGACCUCAGUACAAAAGGUAUUGAAACAUUUUUGAUACAUAACAGACCUCAGUCUUUUUUAAAAAUUAAUAUAUUUUCAGGCGUAUUUUUGUACAGUGAAAAGGGAACAUUCUUGCUGUGUUUUUUCAGUAAGACUUUCAGGCACUUCUUCCCUUUUGAUUUCUUUUUUUCCUCUGUUUUUUUUAGCAUGCAAGUAUGUUGGUACGUUACGUCCUGGUUUAAAAAGGAUUAAAAUUUUAAAAUAAUCCUUGCAUCUAAAGGCCUUGUGGUUUAAAAAAAAGCAAACUUUUUUUUGUACAGCUAUAGUAGAGAUUUGUUCAAUAUUUGUAGGUAAAGAUUUAUUGAAAAUGGUGAUAUAGACCUCAGAGCUGUUAUCUUAGUUUAAAGAUUGUAUAUGUACUGUACUAUAGUAGGACUUUAUGUAUCUCAUACGCUGUGAUAUGUGGAUGGGGCCCCAGAUGGAAGGUUUGAAACUGGAUUCUCGAUUUUUAGCAAAAAGAAAAAAAGGCACAUAGUUUAAAAAGUUUCUCAUUUUGUGCAAUAUAAUCUAAAUAAAGUACAGACCAUCUGCAUAUUUUGUAGCAAAUGGUGGCAAAGCAGACUCAAUGCACUGUCGACAUCAUUGCCUGUUUUUUUUUUUCUUUUUUUUUUUUUUUU